CGUGAAUGGUGACGCCUCUCCCGCGGCGGCAGCGUUCUCCUGUCGGCCGCCUCCUCUUUACUCCCUCCUUCUCCCGAUGUUGGUUGUCGUCUUUCGACCGUAGCCAGCGACGCUUCAACGAGGUUCAAAACAAAGUUGCUUAAAAUGAAUCAUUCAUUGGAGAAUUCGAUUCCCUAUGAGGAAUAUUUACGGAUGAAAGCACGGACAAUACCACAGCAUCGCAUGAAAGAAUUUUUGGAUUCCAUAAAUGGCAAAGGGUCUGAAGAAAUCCAGCAAUUUGUUCAAACUCCUGUUACAAUGUACCAGCAAAGAGGACAUUAUAUCUACAUGGACAGUGCUGAUGUUGCUGGAUCAUUGUUGGAGUUGUCUAGACCAAUUAGUUCUCCAAUUCAGCAACAUGCGUCACAGGGGUCACCACUAGGGCAACAGCAGAUGCAGUCUCACCAUGUACAAGCACAACAAGUCCACCAGUUGGAAAUUCAAACAAACCACCAGUCCUUGCAAGCAAAGCAAAUGCAAGCCCAAUUACAGUCGCACACAUCUUCUGAGGAACCACAAACUGGCAGUCAAGCUGUCAACUCAAUAACGCAAGAAAGAAGGCCAAGCUCUUCGAGUGUUCCACAGCCUGUGAAGAAAAGGAAAGUUGAUUUACCAACUGAAGAAAGCUAUACCAUGAGUCAACCUGCAGUGCAAAAUACUGUAACCACUGUGCUUACCUUGUCUUCUCAGGCACAACAGCAAGGGUACAUUCCUGUUCGUCAGGAGCUGCUCACAGUGGAUAGCAGUCAGCUAUACGGUGUUGUUCCAGCUACCACUUCAGUUACAGGCCCGUUAUCCAACACAGAAUCAUGGACUAUAUAUACGACACCUGCACCUUGCUCAGAAGGCCAAACUGUUCUCCAAUCCUCAAUUCCUCAUGACACUUGUAAUUUAGUACAAAUUGAUGAAAUCCCAAUGAGUAUGACUGGGAUCAAAAUAGAAGACGACAAGGAUAAGACUGCAGUACUGUCAGAUGGUGGGAAAAACUUGCAGGAUAAAAUGAUCCAGCCAUCUGUGACAGCUGCUUUUUCAACACAGUUUGUGAAUGUGAAUGGUAACCUUCAUAUUCCUGUUACAAUACAAGCUGGUGGGAGAGCCUAUCAAUCUCUGAAAUACUGGGAUCCACAGCAAUUACAGGUUCAAGCAAUUCAGACACAUACAACGGAACAGCAAAUUGAGGCGCAGGCUGAUUUAAUGCUUCCUGAUUCUCUAAAACCAGAAGAAGGGGCUAGUGUCUGGCAGAACUGGGCUCAAGUUAAGAAUGCAGAAAUAAUGAAGGAAGCUGAAAAUAAACCCCCUUUGCCAGGAAGACGACAGCCAAUGAAAUUUAGAGAAGAUGCCCUUUGUGCAACAUUAGUAGAGCUCAAUUAUGGACUUUGUUUGAUGACCAAAGAAGCAAGGUAUUCCGAUGGUUCCCCGUAUGAAGCAGACUUGCUGUAUUAUUUCUUUCUUUGUAUUCAGAAGCAUAUGUUUGAAAAUGGAAGAAUAGAUAAUAUUUUUGCCGAUCUCUACUAUUCUAAAUUUACUGAAAAAUUACAUGAAGUGCUCAAAGAAUGGCAUCCUAAAAUAAGUCCACUUGGUUAUGUCAUUCCAAGUCGAAUUACUGAGGAGAUGCUUUGGGAUUGUAAGCAAUUGGGAGCACACUCUCCAGCUACUCUUUUGUACACGCUAAUGUAUUUCAAUACCAAGUACUUUAUGCUUAAAACAGUCGAACAACACUCUAAAUUAGCUUUCUCCAAAGUAUUAAAGCAGAUGAAAAAGAAUCCAGGCAAUUCAAAGGAUAAGUGUUCUAGUAUACGAUAUCUGCGAUUAUAUGGACAACUUCAAGCUGGACAGAAAGUUACAGAAGAUAUGUAUGUGGAACAACUUGAAAAUUCUGAAAAUCCCUUGAGGUGUCCCAUAAAACUCUAUGACUUCUACCUCUUUAAAUGUCCACAGAGUGCUAAAGGGCGAAAUGAUGCCUUCUACUUGAAUGCUGAACCAGUAGUUGCUCCAAAUAGUCCAAUCUGGUAUUCAACACAACCAGUCAGCAAUGAGGCAAUGGAACAAAUGUUGACCAGAAUCCUUAUGAUAAGGGAGGUUCAAGAAGCUUAUGUAAAUAUAGAGAUUCCUCCCUUCUAGUGAGAAUUUCCCAAAGCAGGGUGCUGGUGGAGAAACUGCCAGUCUAAAGUAAGUCAUAGGAAGAUUAUUUUGUCAGAGAAACAUCUUUGUCUCUUCCUGCUCCCUCAGAAGAUGUUCAUGCACAGUGUGCUUGAGGACUUGUGUAUUAUGAAUAUGGAUGUCAGAAUUUGUAAACCCCGUGAAUUUGUGGGUGAUUUGUAUUCCAGUUCCAAAAGCUUGAUCAGUUCUAUUGUUUCUUUAAACUAUACAGAAAAAUGUAACUGUCUAACUGAACAAACUGUAAAUAAGAGGAAAGUUUAAAAAACUAUUUCUUCCAGUUAGUAGUAAAGUUUGCUACUUCAUCUAUAAAUUCUUUAAUGGAGCUUUGAAUUAAAUAUAAAUUAUGUGCAUUCCAAUUUGUGGCAACACAGAUAAUUGUGAUCAUUGUAUAACUUAACUUCUUGUUUGAAUCUUGACUCUCAGUUCUGUCUGUACUUUGAUUACAGAUGCUUCCAUGCACAGUCUCUUUUUAAGCAGACUGACAUGUUCUUUAAGUGUCUUUUUUUGUAUGUAAUGUACCUGGUGUACUUAUGUGCCUAAUGUGGAUAUUCCACUACAGAUUUUAAGAAACUUUUUAAAAUAUGGAAAUUGCAUUUGCAUGAACAAAAAUUAAAUUGGGCUUUCUAAAAAAAAAAGACGUUGGCUUUAGGUUUUAAACCAGAUCAACUUUACCUCACUGAUCUUGUGAUAUUGUGCCUUCGUAUUAGACAGGCACAGGAUAAUUUCUUAUGGACUAUAGUGUACUAGAAAGCUUUUUGAAUAGUUAGUUUUGGUGGUUUUUACUUUUAUGGGGAUAAUUAUUUUUUUCCACUUUAAUUUGUUUUGAAUCAUUGACUAAAAUCAGUACUGUUAUACACAUAGUGCUUACCAGGGAUAUCAUAUUACCUUUGUAAUUUUUUUAAUACAGAUCAUUCACUAAUUUUGUUGGUCUAGGUAGAAACAAUAAAUUUUGCCUAUGAAAGUAAAAUACACUUUGUUGUUUAUCAUAAAAAAAUGUUUGAAAUGCGAGCUUAUUGCAAUCAGUUUAGCUACAGGUCAUUCAAAUGCACAAAGAGCAGGGUGAGUGUAUAUUUUGAUUAAUAUCCCAAAAUAGAGGAAUCUCAGUAUUUUCCCUACCAAUUGUUUUGUCAAUUUUGUUCAGUACAGGCAUGUCCAUCUGAUGGCAAAUUGGGUAGUUAAAUUAUACCAAUCAAAAAUCAGUUGGGAUAAAAAGUUACAUCUCACACCACCAGGUUAUGAUCCAACAGGUUGAGUUGGAGGCAGUAGCUUUUGAAGUGCUGCUGCUUUAUCAGGUCACAACCACCUGAUGAAGCAGCAGCACUCAAAAGCUAGUGCCGCCA